CCAAGCAAAGCCCCCAUCUGAAGGCAAAAAACUUCUGCACGGCAUGAGAGAAAGCGAGAGAGCAAGUGAGCUAGAGGCGAAAGGGACCGAGACCUAAAAAAAGCGAAAGCAAACACAAGCGAGUCACCGAACUGCUGACAACGACCAGUUAACACGUUUAAAGUCCUAUGUGUUGGUUGGUUUUCUGGUUUUAAACUGCAAGCGCUUCGACAGGGGACAGACGUUGGUCUGUUGAUUCAAGACUGUAGCCUUAUGACUGUGCUCGGCGAGUGCAUGAGAGAAUAGAAGGGAAAGUGCGCAAGUAAGUGGCUUAUUCUCGGGGUUUCACGAUGGCGUAUCCUCAGGGCUACUUGUACCAGCCAUCCGCUUCCCUGGCACUGUACUCGUGUCCGGCUUACAGUACCAGCGUGAUCUCAGGACCACGAACGGAGGAACUUGGAAGAUCAUCCUCGGGGUCUGCCUUUGCUCCGUAUGCCGGAUCUACCGCGUUUACCAGCGCCUCGCCUGGCUACAACUCCCAUCUACCGUAUAGUGCGGACGCGGCGUCGGCAGCCACAUUCGCUUCAUAUGUGAGUUCACCCUACGAUCACACAACUGGCAUGGCCGGUUCGAUAGGCUAUCAUCCAUACGCUGCUCCCCUGGGCUCGUACCCCUACGGUGACCCUGCUUACCGAAAGAACGCCACUCGAGAUGCCACCGCCACCCUCAAAGCCUGGCUCAACGAGCACCGGAAAAACCCGUACCCCACCAAGGGGGAAAAGAUCAUGCUGGCCAUCAUCACCAAAAUGACCCUCACCCAAGUGUCCACCUGGUUCGCCAACGCUAGGAGGAGACUAAAGAAAGAGAACAAGAUGACCUGGACACCCCGGAACCGGAGCGAGGACGAGGAGGAGGAUGAGAACAUUGAUCUGGAGAAGAAUGACGACGACGAGCCUAACAAGCCCUCAGACAAGGGAGACUCGACAGAUACCGAGUCGGACAAUAAACUGAUCAACCCAGGGGACAUUUGCGACAGAUUCAAAGAUGACAGUCAUGGAAAAGACAUGGAUCCUCUUUUAUCCAACACGGAAUUAAAAGAGCAUGAGGGCCGGACGGAACUGCUGCCUGAGUCGGCUAAGCCCACCACCUCUUCCCCGUCUGGUGUGCCUCGGGGGAAUGACAUCAUUGCGCACGAGAAGCCGUCAGAUUUGGGCCACGCACCGAGCACAGUGAACAGCAACGUCACGUCUGUUAUCCAUUCGCCCCCGUCGGCCCCCAAACCGAAACUUUGGUCUCUGGCCGAGAUCGCAACAUCCUCAGACAGGUGUAAAGGCAGCAGCGAGGGGCCGCAGGCCACGGUGAUGGGUCAAAGCACAGUAAUCGCGACCAACGCUGCGUCGCCAUCUCGAUCAUCUUCCCAGUGUCACCUCCCAAAUAGCACGGUCCUCUCCCGGCCCAUUUACUACACUUCCCCCUUUUACCCCGGUUAUACGAACUAUGGCACUUUUGGACAUCUCCACAGCAAUCACGGAUCCAGCACGGGCACCACGCCACACUUCAAUGGAUUAAACCAGACUGUAUUAAACAGGGCCGAGGCUCUGGUAAGAGAAAGCAAACUCAGAAGCCAAACACAGAUAGAUCUUUGUAAAGACUCCCCUUAUGAACUAAAGAAAGGUAUGUCAAACAUUUAAUACUGGAUUCCUCCCCCCAGUCACCGGACUAUUAUUUAUUAUUUGUGGUUGCAUAAAAAAGAAGAAGCAAGAAAUAAUUAUACUGUUUAAGAAAAUUCUGAGGACAGUUAUUUUCUCAGUAAAUGCUUACCCUCAAAUCUUAGUUUCUGAAUGGUUAAUCCAAAAGAUGUAACAACUAAGAAUUGUCUUAAUCGCUGCAGCCGCCUGAGUCUAUUUGUAUUAAAGACUAAUGUAUAUUUAAUGUAGCAUUUUGUAUUUAAAAUGGACAAUACAUUAUCUUUGAAGUAAAUUAUGAAAAAAGAAAAUACUGUUUGUGCAGCGAUUGCUUUUGGGAGAAUAUUAUUCACUGUGUACAGUUGGCCUACCUCUGACAAAUUGCACUCUAAAAAGAACAAUGCGAGUGCAUUGAACUUGCAGUCGAGAAAGACGUUCACGUUUGAAUAUUCAAGUGGGUUAGGGCAUGAACGUCUUCAAACCUAUGGAUUAAUUACUCGGAACCACUGAGUUCUGCAAUAAAUUAAUCACAGCCCACAUCAAAUCGGCAUGCAUACAGGGGCGAAUAUGAUCUGCAGAAGUAUUGUGGCAAGAUUCUUUAUUGUGGUGCUUUCAUUAGAGAUGGCUGAUUAUUCCCACACCAGUAAAUUAGCUAAAUAUUUUUGUGCAGGUGAAUGAUGAUAUGACAAUAAUACAACACUGGCGAAAAAACUGUCAAGCACUCAUUUAACCCAAUUAUACUUUAACCGCGUCGUGUUUUAUGCAAAGCAAUCAGGUGGCGAACUCCGGUAAUGAGUUCGAUUUUAUGCCAAAUUUAGACCUCAUUACGAUUGCCAAGGCGUGGCAAUGCUGUUAGAAGGGCGCGUCGGUGCGUUUAUGGCAUGAGGGUAGGCUUUGGAGCAUAAGGGGUUUGUUAUAUCAUUAAUGCUGGGGAGAGACGUAAUGCUGCUCUGAAUAUUAAAUUGCUGAUGAUUUCAAGAACUGGGGCCAAGGUGACAUGGCCAGUAAAAAAAAUCCCUCUCCCGCUGCUUGAGCGGGCAUGCAGGCCCAUCGCACUGCCUUUACAAACUCUUCCCGCUUCCGCAGGUAGGUGUCACACUUGCUCUUAAUUUAAGGGGGUUACUCUUAAUCGGACAUUGCAAAUGCUGCCUCUUCAGGAGACACGACAAAUUGGAGUCACAGCAGCGGUUUGAAGAGAAAUGCCAUGUAGCAUCCACUGGUGUCAGUUGUCCAAAGCUCAUUGCGGUGCUGGGAUGCAUUUUUUUUUUUUUUUUUACUUUUGUGUCAUGCCUUACUUAAAUUAUUCAAUAUUUUGACUGAGUGAUAAAAAGCACCUUACUGUCUUCGAUGUGGUUUAAUUCAAGGCAGAAUUUUCUCGCCCUUCCCACAGGAUUAAUUAGCAAACCAAUAUAAAAUCGAAAAUUAUCCACGUGCUAUUAUUAUUAUUAUUAUUAUUAUUAUUAUUAGGAUUAUUAUUAUUAUUAUUGUUAUCUUUUCUUUUUUUUACACAGAUUUAAAACGUGGACUAUUUAUAAUAGCCUAUCAUGCAAGUAGGCCUAGGCCUAAUUAAACAUGAAAAUGCAAUUAAAACAUUUCAUACAUUUGAUCAUUUGAGAGUAGGCCUAGGCCUAUUUGGAGAUUUUUCUUUUCAAAAAAAGUCGGCAGCUAAAUAUUUGCAAGCUAAUUCUUUUUUUAUUUCUGUCUUUCUUUUUUUGCGGCAGCAUACGUCGGUUAUAAUAUUCAAGUGAUCAUGAUCACAUAGCUCCGUGCAUGGUCGAAGUGGUAUCAAUAAUCAUUAUUAUUUUAUUAUUUAGAUUAUUUUUAUGGUCGUUACUAGGCCCAUUAUGGCGCCAGUAACAAUAGGCGCAAUGCGGUGAGGCAGCUUGCUCCGGUUUGAGGUUAUAUCAUUAAUCUCUAUAGUUUACUUUACGCACUCGAGUUGAAAACUCCCCUGGGCUUCAUCUAAUUCCCCCGGCUCUAAUGCCCUCUAUUCGCCUCAGCGCGGGAGAGGAGAAGAGAGGAGAGCUGAAGAGAGGAGAGGGGGGGGGCUUCUAUUUUUAAUGUGUCAGAGCGGGGUGUAUGGAGUCACCACUGCACCACAUCAGCCGGCUAAAUAGCAUAAUUAUGUUUUUCUUUCCUGAUCCCUCCAGGAAUUGAAACAUUCGAUGCACUGCCCCUGCGCGGGCAACAACGGGCCCCGGCUCGGCUGUUUAAAAAAAGAAGGGAGGAAUUGACACAUCUAGAGGCCAGUAAAUAAAUUGUCCCUGAGAUCAGAAAGAAUACAUGACCCAUAUCCAGAUAAGCAAACAUUUAUCCGCCUGAUAUGUCAAAAAAGAGAGAGAGAGGGACCCCCUAGCCUACCACCCCCAAACCCACAAGGCAACUGCAGAAUUGUAAACAUGCCUAUUGCUUUUGAAAAGGCAUAAUAGAUCAGCGUCAUCUCACACAAUUAUGUAUUUUUUGGAUGGUAUAACACAAUAUUUGGCUUGAUAUAUUUGUUUACCAUCUGGUCCCUUUUCCACUACACCAUAGGCUAACCCCAAUACUGUUUUUAAAAAAUGUUUCGUCGCAAUUGUAGUUACUAUUAUUUCAUGCGCAUUUUACGCAUAGCAAAUGGCCACCCAAAACUCGAUGAUAGCCCUAAUAAUAAUAAUAAUAAUAA